AUGACCAACACACCACGUAACCUCACUGCCUGCUUAGAAGCCCCCAGACGCGUCCACAUCCGUCCUUCACCUCUCCGUCUCUCUGUGUCCCCUGUGGUGCGUUCUGCAUUGGUCAACCAACCGAGUGACCUAGGUGCUGGAUUAAAUGAUGGGCAGUGGCAUUCUGUGUCCUUAUCUGCACGAGGGGGUCACCUGAGUGUGAUGGUGGAUGGCGAGGCCGCCCCCCUGGCUCAUUCCUUGCGUGGGCAGAUUGAGUCAGGCGACACCUACUAUUUGGGGGGCUGUCCUGACAACAGCAGCGCUCACCCUGGAUGUGCCGCUUCCGCGGGUGGGUUUCAGGGCUGCCUGAGGCUCAUUUCCAUUGGCGACGAAGCAGUGGAUCCCAUCUCCGUCCAGCAGGGGGCGCUAGGGAGUUUCCGCGACCUCCAGAUAGACACCUGUGGCCUCACCGACAGGUGUCUGCCCAGCUACUGUGAACACGGGGGUGAAUGUUCCCAGUCCUGGAGCACCUUCUCCUGCGACUGCGCGCACACUGGUUACACGGGCGCCACUUGCCACUCCUCUCUCUACGAGCAGUCAUGCGAAGCCCACUGGCACAGAGGCGACUCUUCAGGGCUCUAUUAUAUCGACUCAGAUGGAAGUGGCCCUCUGGAACCAUCCCUGGUAUACUGCAACAUGACAGACACUGCGUGGACCUCAGUGCAACAUAACGGCUCCCACUUGGUCAGGGUCAAAAGCUUGAAUGAAGAAAGCCCCCAUCCAGUAUUUUUCAAGUACAUGGCCAGCAUGGACCAACUCCAGACCAUCAUUGACUAUGCGGACAACUGCCAACAGGAGCUGACUUUCCACUGCAAGAAGUCAAGGCUUUCAACUCCCCAAGAUGGAACCCCAGUGAGCUGGUGGGCUGGAAGAGCCAAUGACACACACACUCACUGGGGAGGUUCUCAGCCUGAUGCUCACAAAUGUACUUGUGGAUUAGAGGGGAACUGCAUUGAUUCUCAAUAUUACUGCAACUGUGAUGCUGACCGGAAUGAAUGGACCAGCACCACAGUCGUCCUGUCCCGUAAGAAGUGCCUGCCGGUCACUCAGGUGGUGACGCGAGGCGGAGGGCGGCCACACUCUGGGGCGGCUUACGCACUGGGCCCUCUGCGCUGCUCCGGGGACAAUUCAUUUUGGAAUUCAGCUUCUUUCAAUACUGAGACUUCAUACCUUCAUUUCCCCACGUUCCGAGGGGAGCUUAGUGCUGACGUAUCUUUCUUUUUUAAGACCACAGCCUCUUCAGGGGUGUUUUUAGAGAACCUUGGAAUCACAGACUUCAUCAGGCUAGAGCUGCGAGCCCCAACAGAAGUGGCCUUUUCCUUUGACGUGGGGAACGGGCCUCGUGAGGUCACGGUGCAGUCCCCCACUGCCUUUAAUGACAACCGGUGGCACCUCGUGAGGGCCGACCGCAACGUGAAAGAAGCGUCCCUCCAGGUGGGCCAGCAGCCGCGCAAGACGCAGCCCGCGCCCGCGGCCGGGCACGCCCGCCUGCAGCUCAACAGCCAGCUCUUCGUGGGUGGAACCGCAAGCCGACAGAGAGGCUUCCUGGGGUGCAUUCGGUCUCUGCGACUGAACGGGCUGGCCCUGGACCUGGAAGAGAGAGCCACGAUGACCCCAGGAGUGGAGCCAGGGUGCCCAGGACACUGCAGCACCUACGGCCACCUGUGUCACAACGGGGGGAGGUGCAGAGAAAAGCGCAGAGGGAUCUCGUGUGACUGCACCUUCUCUGCCUACGACGGGCCGUUCUGCGAGAGCGACAUUUCUGCCUAUUUUGGAGCUGGCUCCUCAGUGAUCUACAAUUUUCAAGAACAUUACAAUGACACCUUUAGCAAGAACUCCAGCUCCUUCACGGCCUUGUUUCAUGAGGAUCUGACGUUGACAGGAGAAAUGGCCACACUGAGCUUCCGGACCACAGGGACACCCAGCUCACUGCUCUAUGUGAGCUCAUUCGACGAGGAAUACCUUUCAGUCAUCCUUGCCCCAAACGGAAGUUUGCAGAUCAGGUAUAAACUAGACAGACACCGAGAACCUGAUGUUUUUAAUUUUGGUUUUAAAAACCUGGCUGAUGGGCAGCUUCACCACGUGAGGAUUAACCGAGAAGCAGCAGUGAUGUUUGUAGAGGUUAACCAGAAUGCAAGGAGACAAGUCAUCCUGUCUUCAGGGACAGAAUUCAACGCUGUCAAGUCCAUUAUGUUGGGGACAGUUUUAGGUAAGUGGAAGAAAGAGGGCCCCUCUCCCCUUACCACCCUAUGAUUGAGAUCAGAAGUGUUAAGUUGCAAAUAUGGGAAGCAUUCACCAUGCUGAAAGGAGCUCCUUGACAUAUUCAUGAUUUCCCAGUGAGCGACAAUCAAGGGAGAAGCGUGCACUCUUGUCUGAGUGCACACAUAAUCAGGACGAAGUGCUGCUUGCGAGCUGAACAGGGGCGUUCCUUGAAAACUGCCUCCACACUUACCCUCUCACUUAGCAAUCAAGCAUGAUGAAACUUUGCAUUUUUCUAACAAUUCAGGGAAGACAAAAUCAAAGCAGAUAGCAAGUUCAAACUCUUUAGUAAUCAGGGGUCAAAUGCAGAAAUAAUUUUAAUGAUAAAUCUAGACGUAGGCUUAAGAAAAAGCCGCUCUUAGCAAACAAAUAAGUUUUGAGCUGUGGCCUGGUCCCUGCCUUGCCUGUGGGCUGAGGUGAAAUGUUUUCAUUACUCCCAGCUACUCUUGGAAAAUCACACUCUAAAUAUCCCACAGACGUCCUGUCCUUUAUGGCUGUUAGUUAUUCUCCAUAAAAAUGCCAAAGUAAAAGCAUACUUUACUAUUUAAAUGUCAAAACCUUGAU